AUGCUACCAGGAAAAGUGGAAAUCAAUCCAAGGAGAGCAGCUGUAGCAGCUAUCACUCUUAGGAAUGGAAAAGGAAUAGAACCAGGAACUCAGGAGGAAGUGGAGAAGCCACCUGAAGAACCAAGAGUGUAUGAGCCAAAGAUCCCAUACAGAAAUGUUCUUUCUCAACCCAAGAAGGAGAAGGAGCAAGCAAAGCUCAAGGAUCUUGUUAGCCAACUUUCAGUAAGGUUACCUUUCAUUGAUGCUUGCCAAAUAAUUCCAUCUCUCAGGAAGUAUAUGAAGGCCAUACUCACAAGCAAUGUGAGUCUUGAAGAAGGAGCAAUGAUGAUUACAAAGGAGUGUAGUGCCAUACUUCAGAAUCGCAUGCCAGAGAAGCUGAACGACCCAGGGAGUUUUGUUUUGUCUUGCAAGAUCGGUUCUACACACUUCCAUAGAGCACUUUGUGAUUUGGGUUCUAGUGUGAACCUAAUGCCUUACUCAGUGGCCAAGCUAUUGGGCAUCACUGACUUCAAACCUACAAAGAUAUCUCUAGUCUUUGCAGACAGAUCUGUUCGCCGCCCUGUUGGUGUUAUUAUGGAUGUUCCAAUCAUGGUUGGAGAUUGCUACAUCCCUGCUGAUUUUGUAGUUCUUGAGCUGGAACACCAACCUAAAGACCCUCUUAUCUUGGGAAGGCCAUUCCUAGCUACUGCAGGAGCUAUAAUAGAUGUCAAGAAUGGAAAGAUUGACUUGCAUCUUGGAGAUAUAGUGAUGAAUUUCGAAGUAAACAAGUCUAUGGAGAAGCCAACUGUAGAUGGUCAAGCUUUUUGGAUUGGAGAGCUCGCAGAGACAAGAGAAGAAGUGCUGGAUGAACUCCUUCUUAUUGAUCCCUUGGAGCUAGCUUUGACAAAGGCUGAGAAUGAAGAGAAGAGGAAGAGCCAGACAUUGACAAGAUCAGGAAAUAUCACAAACCAAGUUAAGUUCGACCCAUGGUGCCCACUUAGAGCUCCAAAAGCCGAGCUCAAACAACUCCCAGUUGGUCUAAGGUAUGAAUAUCUUGGUCCUAAUGAAACAUAUCCUGUUAUUGUUAAUGCUGCACUAACAAAAGAAGAGACCGCUUUACUUGUUCGCGAACUGAGAAAGCAUAGAAAGGCUCUUGGUUACUCUUUGGAUGAUUUAACAGGAAUCUCACCUGAACUAUGCACACAUCGCAUCAUCCUGGAGGAUGAGUCUAGUUCUUCAAUUGAACACCAAAGGAGGCUAAACCCAAACCUAAAGGAAGUUGUCAAGAAGGAGAUAAUGAAGCUAUUGAAGGCUGGAGUGAUUUAUCCAAUAUCAGAUAGUGCAUGGGUCAGCCCUGUACAUGUCGUGCCAAAGAAAGGAGGGAUCACAGUCAUCAAGAAUGAACAUGAUGAGCUCAUUCCAACAAGAACAAUCACUGGACACAGAAUGUGUGUCGACUACAGGAAAGCUGAACUCCUCCACACGCAAGGACCACUACCCCUUGCCAUUCAUAGACCAGAUGCUUGA